CCCACGAUCUUUCUUUUGAUAAACAGAAUCCCAUUUUCUCUAUGCAGACAUAUCAGUACCAGACGGCAAAAAAAGGGAAACAACGGUUCCCGGCAGAAUCACCGAAAAUUCACCGGCGCAAGCUUUCCGAUCUUCGGGCUGGAAACAAUCGCGAAGAAACAAUGGAGAAACCAUCACCGCCGUCGUCGCGAUCGUCGAGCUCCUUUGACGGCUCCAAAGAGCUUCAGCGCGUUGGAUCCAUCCCCGUGCCGACUGAUAAAUCCUUCCACGCCAUCGAUUCGGCUCUGGUUCCUUCACGCCAGAAGGUGAGGGCGCCAAGGUAUAGAAUGCUUCCGGCGGAAACCGAUCUAAAUACUCUUCCAGUAGUUUCCAACUUGCCGGAGAAAGUUCUUCCAAUCGGCGCAGUACAGUGUAAAACCACCGGAGCCGGAGAUGCUAGAAUCAGCUCUCAACCUCCUGCUAGAAGGACGCCAUCCAAGGAGCAACCCAUCCAGGGAUCAUCUAAUAGGCACGGUGAUGCUGCUGGAGAGCUGAGAGAGCUCUACAAUAUCUCUGUGAAUUUCAAGAGAUAUGCCUACCGGCUUGUUUACUGCCAUGAUAAUACUGAAGAAGAGUGCACCAGCAACAAGCAGGGCGUGCUGCUGCAGAGUGAUGGUCAACCAUGGAAGGGUGACAAUACUGGUCAACUUCAUUGUGUCAGCGUACUGGUUUCCGAUCCAGUAAGAAGCUACAACAUCUGCUGUUAGUCCGGUGGGAUGAACCAGUUAUGCUUGGGGCUACUGUGAUUAAUUUGGGUUCAAGAUAUAAUAGGGUAACUGAAGUGACUAGAGGUGCUGUUGAGAGUAAUCUCAGAGAGGGAGUUGAUUUUCGCACAGCGCAAGUGCCUGAAGAGGUGACAAUUUUCUUUGAAUCGGUAGCCAGCAUGACCUCUUCGUUGACAUAGGUCUUCUUUGUGGCUGAUGAGCCGCUCCAUCAGGAACACGUAAGACGCACAGUACUCGUCAUGCGGGUAAGUUGGGUCUUCGGGAUUGCAGGAGUUAUGCUCAAAAGCCAUGAGAUUUCUCAAGAGUGAUUCAGUGCACUCGUUGAUCACCAAUGGUGGGAUUCGGAAAACUCCGCUGCAGAAUUCUAUAUCCAGCAACAUGUUCUCCUCUGCCUUUUCAAAAUGUAUUCCUGCUUCACUCAGUUUCUUAGCAUUACGUAGAUGCACUGUGGGAACACGAAACAUCGUCCACCUGGUUCCUCUCUUUGCCAGCACAGCAGCCCACUUGCGCAGGGAGUCUAUGUCGAUUAUGUCGCGCUCUUGCUCGUGCUCAUACCGUCUCUCCUGGACUUGAUAAAAUUCCUGAUCACUUCCUGACCAGCUUGCCGCCAUGAUGGUGUUGGUAUUCUUCUAGCUAUUCUAUCUGCCUCGGCAAAUAACAUAAACGUAUCAUGGUCAGUUGAAAGACUACACAGAAAAGAAAGUAGAGAGAUUUGCAGAACAAAAGGAUGCAUAAGUAGGUACUUGCAUUCUUGUUGCUUUCAGGUUCCUGAGAAAUGUCCUAGAAGUGCACUGGCAGUUUCUGUGCCGGCUGGUAAUUUCUGUUGAAAUGGAACUUACAAGAAAAUGACAAACCACCAACUAAACUAUCAUGAAGGUCAACCAGGCUGGUGUGUUACGUAAGAGCUAAUUGUGUAGAAGCCUACGGUUGCUGGAAUGAUUAAAAAGUGAAGGGCUCAAUUUUGGAUCUCUCGUAACAAGUCGAAUUACUAGAAUGAAUCGACUUAUAGAAUUAGUGUGUUUUGAC